AUGAUGAAAAUUGUAUUAAUAAUUUUCAUAACUUUCAUCGUAUUUGUGGAGAAGUCACAUUUACGACGCUAUGAUGAAUAUAGUCAACAACAACAUGAUUCUGUAAAAAUUGGUGGUCUCUUUGAUGAUGAUUUAGAUACACAGAUUGCUUUUAGAUAUGCUGUGAAGAAGACGGGUGAACUAAGCAUGAAUUUUGAUACCUAUAGAAAAUUAAAUGCUGUUAAUCGAGAAGUAACUUCCGGUGAUGAGUUUGAAGCUUCAGUCAAAGUUUGUGAAAUGAUUAUGAAUGGUGCUCUCGGAAUAAUUGGACCAACGUCACAAGAGUCAUCAGUACAUGUACAAAAUAUUUGUGAUGCGAAAGAAAUUCCUUUGAUUGAGACGAGAAUUGAUGGAUCAUCGAAGAAUUUCAUCAAUUUACAUCCCACACCGAUAGAUCUUGGCAGGGCGUACUUAGACAUCAUAAAUGAAUGGAACUGGCAAGGUUUUACGAUUCUUUAUGAAGAUUCCCCGUGGCUCCCUUUAGUUGAUUACAUCAUGAUAAAUUAUAAGAAGAGAUUUCCGAUAUUUGUUCGACAAUUACAUGUCACAGCCGAUGGCAAUUACCGUAUGCGUUUGAAUCAAGUAAAACGAUUUGAUGCUGAAAAUAUUGUGAUUUGCAGCUCAACUGAUAAGCUUCCGGAAAUUUUAAAGCAAGCACAGCAAGUCGGUCUCUUGAGUGAAGGACGAAAUGUACUAAUAACAUCACUAGACAUGCACACUAUUGAUUUGGAACCAUAUCAAUAUGCAGGAAGUACAAUCGUUGGUUUUAGACUUCUAAAUAUCGAUGAUCCAGACUUUAUAGCUACAACAAAAGAAAUUUAUGAAUAUGCUGAAAGAAAUCCAAAGCUUUUAAAGCCUAAAGAGCAGCAGCAAAGUACUUCAAGUUUUUAUAGAGAUGAUCCCAAUCAAGUUGAUCUAGUUCCUGAAGGAUUAACAACCGAGAAAAUGCUCGUGUCAACAGCACUUACAUAUGAUGCGGCCAUUCUUUUCUCCCACGCAAUGUCAAAGUUCAGUGAAAUUCAGGCACACAAGAAAAUUGACUGUAAAAAUCCAGAAUCAACUUUCAUUUACGGAAAUUCAAUUUUCAAUACCAUGAAGACGCUCAAUUUUAAAGGUCUUAGUGGUGAAAUACAUUUUGAUCAGCAUGGAAAUCGAGAACAUUUUCAAUUGGAUGUCCUUGAAUUGUAUUCGGAUGGGUUAAAGAAAGUGGGUAUUUGGAAUUCUAGUGAAUCAGUUGGACUUCAAAUAAAUUAUGAGAGCAACAAGGAAGUCAUAAAUGAUGCAAAUAUAUUCAGAGGGAAGGUUUUAAAGAUUUUGACUGUUGUUGAAAAUCCUCCAUACGCGAUGAGAAAGGAAACCUCAGAACCACUUAGUGGAAACGAUCAGUAUGAAGGUUUUGGAAUUGAACUUAUUGAGAAAUUAGCUGCUAGAAUUGGCUUCAACUAUUCAUUUGAGCUACAAGAGGAUCGAGGUUAUGGAAAUCCAAUUGACGAAAAUAAGCUGCAAUGGAACGGAAUGAUUGGUGAAUUGAUGGCUGACAGAGCUGAUUUAGCAAUCACUGACCUUACAGUUACGUCAGAUCGUGAAACAGCUGCAGAUUUUACAAUGCCAUUUAUGGAUCUUGGUAUUCAAAUUUUGUUCCAAAAACCAAAAAAAGAAGAUCCAGAUCUUUUCUCGUUCCUCCAACCAUUCUCAGCUGGUGUUUGGGCUUGUGUUAUUGGAUCAUUCUUUUUGGUCUCAAUUUCACUUUUUAUAAUGGGACGAAUGUCGCAACAGGAAUGGGACAAUCCAUAUCCAUGUGUAGAAGAACCAGAAGUGUUGCUUAAUCAAUUUACGCUCAAAAAUGCUAUUUGGUUCUCAGUUGGAGCUGUACUUCAACAAGGUAGUGAAAUUGCGCCAAAAGCACCAUCUACGAGACUUGUAGCUUCAAUCUGGUGGUUCUUUACAUUAAUUAUGGUUUCAUCUUAUACUGCUAAUUUGGCUGCUUUCUUGACAAUUGAAAAUCCAUCACCAAUCAUUAGCAACGUACAGCAGCUGUAUGAAAAAGGCAAGCAAGGAAUCGUAAAGUAUGGAGCAAAAAAAGGUGGAAGUACACUGUCGUUUUUCAGGGACUCAGAGAACGAAAUGUACAAAGAAAUGUACUCCUACAUGAUUAGUGAUGAAAAUUUGAUGAUGGAUUCGAAUGAUGCAGGACGAGACCGUGCUAAGAUAGAAAAGUAUGCAUUUCUAAUGGAAUCCUCAACAAUCGAAUACAUCGAGCAACGUCAUUGUGAAGUCGCACAAGUGGGAGAUAAACUUGAUCAGAAAGGAUAUGGAAUAGCUAUGAAGAAAGGUUCCCCAUAUCGAGUCAUUCUUGAUGAGGUCAUCCUUCAAAUGCAAGAGUCUGGCGAGCUUGCACGAAUGAAAAAUAAAUGGUGGCGUGAGAAGCGUGGAGGUGGUGCCUGUAGCUCUGACGACAGCGGUGGUGGUGCUGAUAAAUUGGGCAUGAAAAAUGUCGGUGGUAUUUUCGUCACAGUAUUUAUUGGAUGUGCAAUUGCCAUUACACUUGGUUUAUUCCGAUGGAUAUCAAACAUCAGACUAACUUCUAAAAAAUUGGAAAUCUCAUUCAAAGAAGCUUUUCUGGAUGAGUUUAGAUUCUUUAAGCAGUUUGGUACUCACGUAAAGACAGUUCCGAGGAAGAACUCAUCACAAGGUGGCUCAGUUGUGAGUUCCAAUACAUUUCACUCGAGAGAACGCUCAAAAUCACAGGGAAUUAAUCAUGAGCCAUUAAGAAUGAGCAUGAAAAGUUUAAACAACAAUCAUAAAAUACAUCGGCAUGAAGAUAUUAAUGAAGAUGAUUUAAUUUAA